GCCCCGCUCCCCCCCGCGGAGGCGGCCGAGGCUAGGGGCGUGUCCAGGGCGGGGCCCCGCCCCACCUGCACCCCGCCCCGCCCCACCCGGCGGUGGAGCGGCGGCCAGCGCAGGGAGGACCCGGCUCGGGGAUGCCACACUGCACCCAGCUGUACCAGCAUGUGCCAGAGACACGUUGGCCCAUCGUGUACUCUCCACGCUACAACAUCACCUUCAUGGGCCUGGAGAAGCUGCACCCCUUUGACGCCGGGAAAUGGGGCAAAGUGAUCAACUUCCUAAAAGACUCUCCCACAGCUGGUCUCAGCCUUCCAGACUGCCUUCCACCAAUGCUGCCAACACAGACUUCUAAGCAUGAAGAGAAGCUUCUAGCAGACAACAUGCUGGUGGAGGCACGGGAGGCCUCGGAGGAAGAUCUGCUGGUGGUCCACACAAGGCGCUAUCUCAACGAGCUGAAGUGGUCCUUUGCCGUCGCGACCAUCACCGAAAUCCCCCCAGUCAUCUUCCUCCCCAACUUCCUCGUGCAAAGAAAGGUGCUGAGGCCUCUUCGGACCCAGACAGGAGGGACUAUUAUGGCGGGGAAGCUGGCGGUGGAGCGAGGCUGGGCCAUCAAUGUGGGGGGCGGUUUCCACCACUGCUCCAGCGACCGGGGCGGGGGCUUCUGUGCCUACGCGGACAUCACGCUUGCCAUCAAGUUUCUGUUCGAGCGUGUUGAGGGUAUCUCCAGAGCCACCAUCGUUGAUCUCGACGCCCACCAGGGCAAUGGGCACGAGCGAGACUUCAUGGACGACAACCGCGUGUACAUCAUGGAUGUCUACAACCGCCAUAUCUAUCCUGGGGACCGCUUUGCCAAGCGCCCUGGGACCCUGGGCAGUCUUCCUCCCAUCUUGAGCCUCAGUUUCUCUUCUCUGCACAUUGGAGCUAUCCCCAUCUCCCUCUCAGAGGCCAUAAGGCGGAAGGUGGAACUGGAGUGGGGCACGGAGGAUGACGAGUACCUGGAAAAAGUGGAGAGGAACAUUGAGAAAGCCCUCCAGGAGUAUCUGCCCGAUGUGGUGGUGUACAACGCAGGCACUGACAUCCUCGACGGCGACCGCCUUGGGGGGCUGGCCAUCAGCCCAGAGGGCAUCAUGAAGCGGGAUGAGCUGGUGUUCCGAGUGGUCCGCAGCCGCCAGGUGCCCAUCCUCAUGGUGACGUCAGGUGGAUACCAGAAGCGCACGGCCCGCAUCAUCGCUGACUCCAUCCUCAAUCUGCAUGGCCUGGGGCUGAUCGGGCAGGAGAUGCCCAGCAUCUCGGCACAGAGCUUGGACACACCCCUGCUGCCCCCAGCAGUGCCCUGACCCAAGUUGUCCUUUUACCCUUGCUCACCGUCUCCCUGCCUGCCUCCCGGCCCCCCACCCUGCCCCACUGAUAGUGCUUUUUUGUUUUCUAACCUGAUUCCAUGGUGGAGGGCAGCAAUCAAUGAGGACUGGGCUGCUGGGUAGGAAAGCUGACCCGGGUGGCCUCUUCAGAGUAUGGAGGAGAAGUCCCGAGGGGCCCUGUGUGCUGGGGGCUGGGGGAGGAGGCAGAGCCUGAGUCCCAGGGGCAGGUGGCAGAGCCCGAGUCCCGGGGGCAGGAGGCAGAGCCUGAGUCCCAGGGGCAGGUGGCAGAGCCUGAGUCCCGGGAACAGGAGGCAGAGCCUGAGUCCCAGGGAAGAUGCCACAUGGGGUUGUGCUUCCAAUGAGGCCAUGGGAAGGGCUGUUCCUAGACAUCUGUGAGACAAGAAGGGGGGUAGAUAGUUCAUAAAGGUGGAUAGAGGGCAGGCUGGGCCCUUGGAGGCCACAGGGAGGGCCCCAGGUGUGGAGGGGUCUGCAGAGUGUUCUGGUUUUUGAAAAAGUCAGACUUAGCUAGGACAGAGGAUGCCUCAGUCUUGGCCCCCUUUGGCCCUUUUCCCUCCUCUUCAGGUGGUGUGAUUGGCUUUGCUCUCCUUUCCUCACUUUCCCAAAGGAGCUGUCCUUCUGGGAGCGGCAGAUUGUCCAGACAGGGCACCGGUGUUCCCACCAGGAUUCCCAGCCAGCAGGCAGGAGGACUGGAGCUUGAUUUGAGGGGAGUAGGGAGGUUGGGGAGGUGGGUUCUCCCAACUCAGAUUUGCUUCCCGCUUGACAAAGCAAGGGCUGGACGUGCUCUCCUGGAGCCCCUCUAAAGUGAGUGAGGGUGAAGGAGGCCUGGGACCCCUAAGUCUCUGCUUCAGCCAUGGUGUCGCCUUUUGAGGGCAGGGCACGGGGGACAGGUUUUGGGGGGUGCAGAAUUCUUAACUCAAGAAGGGGCCUCAGCGUUGGAGCCUCCAGUGGGGAGCUGCUGGCCCAUGUGGGGAGGAGGCAGAAGAAGGCAGGGGGCCGUGGGAGGGCAAGUUGUGGCAGGUGGAAGCCAGGGAGGGGGCAGGGAGGGCCGGGCAGGACCUGCAGGGAUGAGGCACCAGGGAGAGGCCAGGCUGGGGUUCCUGGAGGGAGCUCGGAGAGUCUCCAUCGUGGUCCAAGACGGCCCCAGACCCCAGGAGGCUGUGAGGGGAGGUGGCCGGGAUGGGUCUUGCUUGGGGCUGGAGCCUCUACCAUCCUCACCCUAAGUGCCCAGGGGUCCCAAGUGGGCCCUGACCUCUGGCCAUAGAAACACCCCAGUCCUUGGCUUGGUCUCAGCUCUACUUUGAAGGGAACAUUCAGGACCACCCCCGAGGGAAGUGGGUGAGGGGAGCACAGUGUCCCCAGACUGUCACCUUGAUCAGAGGUGGGGGGGUGGGGAGAGUGGGUGAGGGGAGGUAUCCUCUGUCCUCUGUCAACCCCCCCUGUGGGACUCGGGUCCCUUGUCAUCUUGGGGGUGCUCCCAUGUUCCCCUCUCUCUGCUUCCUCUGCUUCGGGGGAAGCUUCCAAGAUCACAAACUGAUUCAACAGUGCUGACCUCUCAGGUACCCAACAUCCCUUCGUCUCCUUUAAGGGAUGACACCCUAAGGGGCUUCCAGGCCAGUGUGGCCUGUGACAUCGGGGGCAGGCCGUGGGCGCUGCUUGUCAUUGUCGAGUUUCUGUUCUGUUCGUAGAGAAUCAUAAAGGCUCUUGAUCGGA